AUGCUAGCAGCAUAUGCCCAGAAUGGGCAUAUUGACAUGUCACGGGCUUUCUUUGAUCCUAUGCCACGCCGCAGCCUCGUGUCAUGGAAUACCAUGCUGGCAGCCUACGUCAAAAGCGGGGACUGUGGCCACGCAAGCCAGAUCUUCAAUGACGUGCCAAUGCGGGACGUUGUGACGUGGACAACAAUGCUGACUGGGCAUGCCCAGUCUGGGUAUAUACUCGCCGCUGAGCGGCUGUUUCAUGAAAUGCCGGAGUGGAACUUGCUAACAUGGAGCGCGAUAUUUUCAGGGUACAUUCUUAAGGGUGACAAGACUAAGUCGCAAAAUCUGCUAGAGAAGAUUCCAGUUCUAGAUCUGAUUUUAGCGACAACGAUCCUCACGACAUAUGCCCACUCGGGGCAUAUAUCUCAAGUCGUAAGUUUGUUUGAUCAGCUUCCUUCCCGCGAUCUAGUCUCGUGGAGUGCUCUUCUCUCUUCUUACGCCACAAACUUUGAUCUCGAUGGAGCCGAAAGUGUCUUUGAUGCCAUGCCAGAGAGGAACCUCGUCUGCUGGAACACAAUUCUUUCCGCGAAUGCCUUGGCGGGGCAAAAGGAGAAGGCAAAGACUCUGUUUGAUUCAAUGCCGAUGCGUGAUACGCUGUCCUGGACAUCUCUCUUAAACGCGUAUUCAAGCGCCAGAAACAUCGAGCAAGCAAAGUCCGUGUACGACCAAAUGCCGCGGCAUGAUCUUGUCUCAAGAACAGCAAUGCUUGCGGCAUUUGCCGCGAACGGGCAUCCAGGAAAAGCCAAGGCCAUGUUUGAUUCCAUUCCAGAGCUCCAAUGUGAGAUUUCUUGGAACGCUCUCCUUGCUUCUAAUGCGCAGAAUGCUCGAUUUAUCGAAGCUCUGGAGGCCUUUUACUCCAUGGCCACAGUCCAAGCCCCCACUGCCACAAGCUUUGUUCCAGUGAUCAUCUCUUGCAGCCACAGAGGAGAGAUUUAUAGAGGGCGAUCGCUCUUCUUGUCAAUGGGUGUAGAUCAUGGCUUGGAGUACACAAGGCAGCACUUUUGUUGCAUGUUGGAUCUUCUUGGACGGGGUGGAUUUCUAGAUGCCUCGCAAGAGCUCAUUGUUUCAAUGCCUUUUAUUCCAGGUGCAUUGGAGUACACUUGCCUGCUUGGAGCGUGUCAGGCUUCCAAGAAUGUAGCACAUGGAGGCCAUGUUGUGCAAAAGAUUUUGGGCCUGGAGAAGCUAGAUGCUUCAGAGGUUACCACCUUCUGCUUGGCAUUGGACGGUGAGUAUGAUAGAGUGAGCUUGCUGGUGAAGAAGGAUAUGUUCCAAGCCCCAGAAUUGAGAGCAUUGUUGACAAGCGCCAUCAAAGCUGCCCGUAUCUUAACAAUCUCUGAGAGAGUUCUCCAGGUUGGAGAAAGACGGGCGGUAUUUGCUGAAAUGCAUGGCGGCAGGGAGAGCGAGAAGUGGGCUAUUGACGAGGCACAGGCCAAAGUUGCAUCGGGGGAAGGAAAUCAGCCGGAUCAUGGAGCUCCUCCGGCAAAACCUCGCGGUUUGGAUGAGAAUGAGUAUUGA